UGUGCGAGGAAGGUUGGACAAAGGGUGCUGUGGAUGCGGUUCAAGAGAGAGUUACUGGAUUGUCUGGCCAGACAGAAGAUCAAGCUGUAUACUGCACUGGGACCAGAGAGAGAGUGGAUUGUUUCUUGGAAGGAGAUAGACUAAAUGGUAGUGAGUUGCUGGCAUUUUCUGCUCUCAGAGAAAUGUCAGUUGAAUUCUUCAAAUAUAAAGAAGUGAACUUUUACAAAAACAUUUUAUAUUCUGAAGAGGCUCUCAACUUUGCUGAAAAUGAAUUUCAAGUUCUCGAUGAUGAUGUCUACAUUGUCACUUAUCCUAAGUCAGGCACAAACUGGAUGAUAGAGAUAUUAAGUUUACUGAGGACCAAUGGAGACCCUACCUGGAGCAAAUCUAUUCCUAUCUGGCUCAGAUCUCCAUGGUAUGAAACAAUAAGAGGGCAGUCACAGAUCAAGGAUGUCGUUUCUCCAAGGGUGCUUACUUCUCACUUGCCAUUCCAUAUUUUUGCUAAAUCUUACUUUACAUCCAAAGCUAAGAUCAUAUACAUUAUAAGGAACCCUAAGGACAUUGUAGUGUCUUUGUUUUAUUUUAACAAAAUGAUCUGCCUCUAUAAAGAUCCCCAGAGCUUCCCAGAAUUACUUGAAGAUUUUUUGCAAGGCAAUGUUCUUUAUAACUCCUGGUUUGAUCAUGUAAAAGGAUGGAUGCAGAUGAAGGAGAGCACCAACUUUUUUUACAUUACAUAUGAGGAGCUUCAUACGAAUCUUCGGAAUAAUGUGAUAAGGAUCUGUAAGUUCCUGGGGAAGGAUUUAGAUGACUCGCAGAUUGAUUUAGUUGUCAAACAUUCAUCGUUCAAUGCCAUGAAAGAAAACAAAAUGUCCAAUUACACAAUGAUCUCUCAGGACUUCAUGGAUCAGAAUAAAGGUUCUUUUAUACGCAAAGGCAUCAUUGGAGAUUGGAAGAACCAUUUUACUAUAGCUCAGAAUGAGUAUUUUGAUGAAGUUUAUAAAGAGAAGAUGAAAGAUCUCAAUGUGACCUUUUUCUGGGAACAGUCCUAAAAUGUUACAUGUAGUGUUUAGUAUGUAUUUAAAGGGGUUAUCCAGGAGAAGAUGUUGAUGAUCGAUCCACAGAAUAGGUAAUCAUUAAGAGAUCUGCGGGGGUCCGACACCCGGGACAUCCUUUGAUCAGCUGUUAGAAGAGACCAGGCA